UUGGACUUAAGGAAACAUGAUACGUUCGUAGUUAUCGGCCGUUUGCCCAAUUGUGACGUGGUACUAGAUCAUCCCUCAAUAUCACGAUAUCACUGCGUACUACAAUAUGGAGAUGACACAAUGGAUAGAACCGGAAAAGGAUGGCACAUUUACGACUUGGGUAGUACCCAUGGCAGUAAGGCGAACAAGAGAAAACUUCCUGCAAAACAGUACAUCAGAAUUCGAGUUGGAUACGUUCUUCAGUUUGGAGGCAGUACACGACUGUUGUCUUUACUUGGACCGUCGCAUGAUUGUGAAGCAGAAUGGAAUUGCUCACCUAAUGAAAUGCGGGAAAAGUUGCAUAAGAAAGCGUUGGAUGCGAAAUUGAGUGCGUUAGCGCAAAAAGAAAUGGAGCAUGAAGAAGCAAAUGAGGCAGAGGAGUUGACUGGAAGAGGUAGUGAAGGUAUCGAUUGGGGUAUGAAUUAUGGUGAAGACGAUGUUCAUACAGAUGAAAUUGAAAUGGACGCUCACUUGAUGGAUGAUCGUGAGCAGUAUUAUCGAGCUGACCCGAAAAAAGCGCUGGCUAAGUUUUUUGAGCGCGAAGGCUUCGAUAUGGUGUUUCAAAUAUCCGAACAAGGAGUGGGCCAUUCACACAAGUGGUUAUGCACUAUUGAGCUUCCGAUCGAAAUCAAUGGCGUUGAUCGAGCUUACACUGCCCAAGCAAUAGUUUCAACAUCAAAAAAGGAUGCCCAAGUGCAGUGUGCUUUUGAAGCGUGUCGCAUCUUGGAUGCUCAUGGAAUUCUUAGAGGAACAAAUUCGAAAGCCAGGAUAAGAAAAAAUGACAUGGAAGCAAAUGAUUUCUAUGAUGAGGAUGAUGAUGAGUAUUUAGACCGAACUGGUCAGAUUGAGAAACAGAGAGAGAAGCGCAUGAUGUGGGCUAAAGGUAAUAAACGUGGUGAUAAGAUUGAGAAGAAGAGCACGUAUGAAUCGCUGUGCAAGGAACUUGAGGAAACCCGGAGUAAUAUUGUGGAAUUGAAAAAGAAGCUGGACGAUCUUCAUGCAGCUAGCAUCUCGACUAACACGGGAGAUUCAUUGGAUGACUACUGUAGACAACUUAAUGAAGGCCAUGGUCUGAUGACAGAUAUGAAGGUCGGUCGCUUGUACAGUGUUCAUGACUAUGCAAGAUUUUGUGUGAGAUGGUUGAACAAGAUUGACAUCUCAUUACUUCGGCAAAAGUAUGUAACUCUCACACAUGAUGCUCAACGACUUGAGAAGCUUGUUAAAAUUGCAAAACCUACAGCACUUCCUGAAAUAAAAGUCGCCGGAGCUAUUGCUGUAUCUACAUACUGUCUUUCACUAGGCACUAAUAAACAAGCGUUCCUACGGAAAACGAUGAUGGUUGGACGAAAAAUGCAUGCUGAUGGAACGGCUACUAAUAAAUCAAAAGAAGACGAGAUGAACCCUGCCGUUGAAAUGGCCUCAGCAUCUGUGUCAUUUAAGCCUGAAACUGAUGAGGAUGAAGAGGCUGAGGACGUUGGAAGGAUCGAACUAGCUGUCGUUCACGUUGAUCCGACUCAUUGUGGGGCUGUGUCUACUAAAACAGCGGAGAGAAAACCCGCUUCUGCUUCAGAGCAUGGAAAUUAUUCUUCAAAAGAAGGGGUUGCGCAGCCUGGAACAUCAAAGUCAGAAAAGGAUAAUUCUCAUGAAGUACAUAGUGCAGGUGAAGGUGAAGGUGAAGGUCAUCACUUGGAAAGGUCGAAGUGCUCAGAACGUGAGAGUGAAGAAUAUAAUCCACCGAAGAAGAAAAGACGUGCAAGGGUACGAACAAACAGGCCUUCGCUAAGCUCAGUGGAUGACUACGGUACUGGGGUCGAUGAUGAUCGAUAUGCUACUUGGCUUCCACCUGACGAUCAAACAGGGGACGGCAAGACUGUUCUGAACCGCAAGUUCGAAGGAAGAUACUAA